AAGGGAAGAUGAGUGCUGAGCUUGAUAAGCUUCCUGGUUUUGAGAAGUGGUUCAUUGAGAAGGAAAGUAAUUGCUACAUUCAGGCCAUGGCUGAUCAGAAAGAUGAUUUGGUCUACCUUACGGCUGAUUCUGAUACUGUUUUGGAUGAUCUUGACCCCAAGCAUAUCUACAUUAUCGGUGGCUUAGUGGAUCGAAACCGAUUCAAAGGGAUCACCAUGACCAAGGCACAAGAACAAGGCAUCAAAACAGCUAAGCUUCCCAUAGGAGAGUAUCUGAAAAUGUCAAGUUCUCAGGUUCUCACUGUGAACCAAGUUUUGGAGAUACUCGUGAAGUUUCUGGAGACUAGGGACUGGAAAACAGCCUUCUUCACUGUGAUUCCUCAGAGGAAAAGAACCGGACUUGAUCCUGUUGGUUCUUCGAAACUGGAACCUCUUUCUGAAGAGCACCAGGAGGAAGACGCUGAUGCGGACAAACAUGAUCAUCUGGAGAGGAAAAAGGUAUGCGUUGAAGUUCCUCUGGAAAGUAGUAGCUAGAUGAAUGAAGAUUAUGCAUAUGAGAGUUGUUUCUAUAUCCGCUAAACACUGAUUUCUCUGUAGCUGAGAAUUGGAAUCUGGAAUGUUUUGUCCCUUUAUAUGUUUGAGUCAAGACGCAUUACGAAUUUCACUGUCAA